AUGACAAACAUUGUUCAAGCUCAAAAGUCCAUUAAACAAUAUUGUUCUCCUUUGAACAUGUGCGCAGGUAGUCGCGAAAGAAACAAUAUUUUUCAAAUGACUGUAUCAGAAACUAUAGAAGAUGCUAUUCCACGCCUUCUACAAAAAUUUCAACUUUUUUUACGGAACCUAGGAGACUUUUUAGAUACUCUUAAAGAAAGAGGCUUGAGGGGUGAUAAGCAUUUGCUUGAAGCCAUUGGUUCAUCGGAAGGUUUAGAUGGAUUUCCUGUUUUCAGUUUACAAAACGUGUUCGAGGAUAUUGACGAACACCUUCUACGAGACUACCAAGUUCUCCUUAACAUAUGGCCUUUUGUGGAACAUAUGAAAAACCUGGAGGACACUUCAGAUAGGAUAUCUUAUAGUGCUGUUAUAAAUGAUAUUUACAGUUAUUUACAAGAUCUCAUUUGCGAAUUCUACACAGUUAUAGUAAAUCGGGACCGUGAUAUUCCACCAUUGCAAAACCCCGCCACAGUUCCGCCAACUUAUAAUACGUUGACAGCUGCCAGUCGACAUUUAUAUCACUUCUUAUUAUCCAGAGAUAUGCAAAAAAUUGUGACUGUCCUCAGAAACGGAUAUGCAGAUAAUUGAAUUUCAAUUUCAUAAAACUGUUGCCUCAAUC